AAACGUUGAACCUCACCAUCUCUCUCUCUCUCUCUCUCUCUCUCUCUCUCUCUCUUAAAAUUAACUCUCUGUACUUCUUUGAGUUCUCUCUCACAAGCCACAGACAAUGGAGAAGAUUCAAGACCGGAAAGAAACACAAACCCAAAAAACCAACGACGGCCACAACCCCACCAAGCCCCUCGUAUGGGACUGCGGCAGCUCUCUCUACGACUCGUUCGAACUCAAGUCCUUCGAACGCCAACUCGACUCCGCCAUCGCCUCAAGGACCCUGUCCAUGCCCCACUUGCCGGACCGCCACGCUCAUCCUCAUCAUCACGCGAAACCCAAGCCCAUCUCCAAAAAGUCGUCAAAAUUCUCUCGCCCGUUCCACAAACUCGUCAAAUCCGUUUUCGGCCCGAAAGAAAACACCAGCAGCAGCUCGUUGUUUAGUGACCUCGAAGGAUCAUCACAAGAUCAUGGGUUUUACUUUGUUUACGACAAGUCCGGUUCGCUUUCUACGAUUCCUGAGGUGGCGGAGAAGGCGGCCGAGUACGGCAGUGUUUUGCCGGAUUCUGAUGAGUCGCUGGUGAAGAGGGCGGCUUCUGAGCGGUUUACCGCCACUUCUGUCGGUAUUUCAUGUGCUAUUUUUUUCCGAUAGACUUGAACCUUUCACAACGUACGUAAUAUUGCUAAUAUCAAGCUGAUUUAUUUUUCGAUAUUCAAUUUACGUGUU